AUGGUCGCCACUCGUUUCUUCAUGCUUUCUUUGGCCGCUGCCGUUGCUGUAGCUGGACCCUGCAAACCCCAAAGUUCAUCAGUCAUUUUCUCUGAAACAACUUUCACCACCGCCCUCCUCGAGUCCACUUCCGCCGCAGUGCCCGACGAGACCUCGACUUCCGAGCCAACAAGCACUGCUAUCAUUGAAUCAUCGGUAACCUCUGCCGCCGAAACUACAGUGACCACUGCUGUGACAACCUUCACAUCGGCUGAGACUACCACCGAGGCAGCCACCGUUCCUUCAGUGGCUGCAGUACCUCCCCAGGGUAUCACUUGUCCUGCGGCACACGGGCAGUGCGUUGGCGGUUUCAAGAUCGAAUGCGGUUACAUCAUGACCGGGGGUUUCAGUGUCCAGACGGGUUACUUAUCGACUCUGGACGACUGUGCUGCUGCGUGUAAUGCCAACUCCGGUUGUGCUGGCUUUUCUCACAACGGUGUCAGUUGCUACUUGGUCUCGUCCUCAUAUACAACUGCACCCGCAGACUGGAUUACUGGCAAGAAGGAGGGUUGUGCUCAGUAG